GGAAAAUUUGUUUUUUUAAUUUGGUUUUUUUUUUGGAAAAAAAGAAAAAAUAGUGAAUGCUUAGAAUUCAUAAUAGAUAAUGUUAGAUACAAUUCAAGACAUAUUUAACUGCACAUUUGCAAAAUCGAAAAAGUGUUCUCAAAAUAAUAGAUUUAUAAAUCAAGAUUUACAUUUAGGAAAUAACAAUGUGUCUACAAAAGACGGCACCGUUUUACAGUGGCGUGGAACAAAUGGUAUACAACACAAUGGAAGCGUACCGAAUGCGGGCACACCAAACAAUGGUGGAAUUAAUGCAACAGUCAGAUCCUCUAACGGGAGCUGCAAUGGGGGUCUCAUCUGCAGCGGUGGCAGCGAGGACUCGGGCGGUAGUGAUGCCGCACCAGGGCCGGACCAGUUGGAGGGACCGGGCACAAUUGCGGAUGACCCUAUUCACCUCAAGAGACGGGUGGGACUCGUCAGUGGGGUGGCUCUAAUUGUUGGAACUAUGAUUGGGUCUGGAAUUUUCGUGUCACCGUCAGGAUUGCUGGUACGUACCGGCUCCAUCGGGAUGAGCUUUAUUAUAUGGAUGGCAUGUGGCCUCCUAUCAUUAUUGGGUGCUUUAGCGUAUGCUGAACUAGGCACAAUGAACACCAGUUCAGGAGCAGAAUAUGCAUAUUUUAUGGAUGCAUUUGGUGCACCACCAGCGUUCCUCUUCUCCUGGGUAAGCACUCUGGUAUUGAAACCAUCACAAAUGGCAAUUAUAUGCCUCAGCUUUGCCAAAUAUGCAGUUGAACCGUUCGUUUCAGAAUGUGAACCACCAGACUUUAUAGUCAAAAUCGUUGCUCUACUGGCCGUAGUGCUGAUAUUAUUUGUUAACUGCUACAGUGUUAAUUUGGCAACAUGUGUACAAAAUAUUUUUACAGCUGCAAAAUUAGUUGCAGUACUUAUAGUAAUUAUCGGUGGAGGCUAUAAAUUAGCAGAAGGAAAUACCCAACAUUUACGAGAUCCAUUUGAGGGUACUUAUUAUAAUUUUGGCAGUAUUGCAACUGCAUUUUAUACUGGUUUAUGGGCCUAUGAUGGUUGGAAUAAUUUGAAUUAUGUGACUGAAGAAAUUAAAAAUCCCUCCAGAAAUUUACCACUGUCAAUAAUCAUUGGAAUUCCAUUAGUGACAAUAUGUUAUGCAUUAAUAAAUGUAUCAUAUUUAGCUGUUAUGUCCCCACAGGAGAUGAUAGAUUCAGAGGCUGUGGCUGUUACAUUUGGCAAUAGAUUAUUAGGUAUGAUGGCAUGGUUAAUGCCAUUAUCAGUUACUGUUUCAACGUUUGGAUCUGCAAACGGCACAUUAUUUGCCGCUGGACGGCUGUGUUUUGCUGCUAGCAGAGAAGGACAUUUAAUGGAUAUUUUAAGUUAUGUGCAUAUCAGGAGAUUUACUCCAACACCGGGACUAAUGUUCCAUUCCUUAAUCGCUGGUGCAAUGGUCCUAUAUGGAACAAUAGAUUCCUUAAUUGACUUUUUCAGUUUUACGGCAUGGAUCUUCUAUGGAGGAUCGAUGCUUGCCCUUAUUGUUAUGCGUUAUACCAAACCCAAUUAUCCGCGACCCUAUAAGGUGCCGCUUAUCAUUCCAAUAUUGGUUUUGGUAAUUUCAAUUUAUUUGGUCGUCGCACCAAUUGUCGAGAAUCCAACGAUUGAGUAUUUAUAUGCAGCUACAUUUAUUUUGACAGGAAUGAUUUUCUAUGUCCCAUUCGUACAUUAUGGUUAUCAUUUACGGUGCUUAGAUGGCAUGACAGUAUUUUUACAAUUACUCUUGGAAGUAGCUCCAACACAAACAAUGUUUGAAUAAAAAUAUAAAAUCAUUAUAAAUACUCUAAGAA